GUCCCACUGUGUUCCCAGCCUGGGCCUGGAUGGCCAUGCUUCUGAGACAGCUGACUGACUUUGCCAGACGCUUGCGCCGAGCCUUCGAGGUGAGGGUGGCAACCUGCCGAAGCUUUCUAUCGCUUCUCUGGACUUGCCUACCCGUGGGCCCGGGCCAGGUGCCUAGUGGUUGCGUGGUUGCGUGGUUUUCCCGUCAUGUACAUGCUGUAUGUGGCCAGGCUGAGGUGGUGACUGCCCUCGUCCGGACGAAAUAAUCCUUGCCUCCGUCUUAUGCUCGGAAGGGUGGCUGUCCCCGUCGGGCACCUUAAGCCGACAGUACCAGACGAGACUCCUAUCAGUGGCGGGACUGGGCGUGGAUCCCCGGUUCUUACUACUAGACUUUGGCCCCUCUCCCACCGACCGAACACACAUACAUCUAAACCUCAGUGCCUACUGGCCUCAGUAACCCCUCGCCGUCUUCCUCAACCCACCUACCUGGAAAUCUUUCAAAAGUAGCCCAGUCUUUGACCUCAAAUUACCCUACUCGUUGCCUUCUGGAGAGACGACCUGAUACAGGACCCUGCACCUCAAGGAGGACCUAUCUACUCGACUCCCUUUCCAGGUCUCUUAUCUUGGCCCAUCACCUGCUCUGUGCUCCGAACUUGCUGCUGUGGGGCAUCCUAUCCAGCGCCGGCACCAACCCACGCCCUAGUUGUCCUAGAACAUACAGUCAAGAUGAGGCUCAUUAUCAGGGACGACGAGGAGCGCGCCAGCCGCUACGUGGCCAACUACAUAGUGGAUCGGAUUAACCAUUUCCAGCCUACUGCCGCACAUCCCUUUGUCCUGGGUCUGCCAACAGGCUCAAGCCCGUUGGGGGUCUACAGGACACUGGUUGAGAAGUAUAAGGCCGGGGAGGUAUCGUUUGAGAAUGUGGUCACGUUCAACAUGGACGAAUACAUCGGGAUCCCGAGGGACCACCCGGAGAGCUACCACACCUUCAUGUGGAAGCACUUCUUCUCGCACGUCAACGUAGACCCGGCCAACGUGCACAUCCUGGACGGCAACGCGCCCAACCUCGAGGCCGAGUGCGUCGAGUACGAGGCGGCCAUCCGGCGGGCCGGCGGCAUCGACCUCUUCCUGGCCGGCAUCGGCGAGGACGGUCACAUCGCCUUCAACGAGCCCGGCUCGUCGCUGGCGUCGCGCACCCGCGUCAAGACGCUCGCCUACGACACCAUCCUGGCCAACUCGCGCUUCUUCGGCAACGACCUCGACGCCGUCCCCAAGAUGGCCCUGACGGUCGGCGUCCAGACCGUGCUCGAGGCCCGCGAGGUCGUCGUCAUCAUCCUGGGCGCCCGCAAGGCCCUGGCCCUCCAGCGCUGCAUCGAGCAGGGGGUGAACCACAUGUGGACCCUGUCCAGCUUGCAGCUGCACCCCCACCCCAUGAUCGUCUGCGACGAGGACGCCACCUUGGAGUUGCAGGUCAAGACCGUCAAGUACUUCAAGAGCAUCGAGCAAGUCGCGACCACCCAGGGCUUUGAGCAGAUCCUGCCGUCCAAGAUCCGGACCGGCACCGUGCCCAUCGCCCCCAAGGCAGUCGUCAUCGAGUCGCCCACGUCUCCCACGGCGCCCCCGACGCUCGUCGCGCCCCAGCCGCGCAUGGCCCACAACCUAGCGCCCUACGCCGAGUACCCCGUGCGCUCCGUGUCGCCGGACCUGGUUCCGGACCGCAUGGCCUCGCGCAUCCCCGGCGAGGCCGGCGCCGCACUCAACCGGCGCCUUACGCCGAACCCGGAGCAGCAGCAGCAGCCAAGAGACAGCGCGCCGCUGUUUCCCCACUCGGCCAACGCCAUGCCCGCGCCCAUUUCCGCGUAGGAGGCGUUGGCCCCCUGUUGGUUCAGUGCCACGUCCUAGGGCUUGACGAUUCUGCGUAUCAUGAUGUGACUUGCGAGUAGAACGCCCACUGAGAUAUUUAAGAGCACAUGGGACUUGUAGGAGUUUGGGAUUUUUGUACUUUAACAGACUGUUCUACUACGGCGGAUGGAAUUGUGGUUCACUGGAAGUCUGGAAGGUGUGCGUUUGCUUCAUAGGUGGAGGGAGGGGAAAAACAAAACAAAGAGAAAAAAAAACUUGAAACAUGAUACA